UGCCGAGUGCCGGCUUCUGGCAGGCACUAACUGAGCGACCUCUGUCGUCGCCGUCGUCGUCACCGCCGCGUCCGCCUAGAGCAGGCGGAGCCAGAAGGACGUAAACUGCCUGCGUAGAAUGACAAGGCCCGUCACGUGGGUGAGCCGUCGCUCACUCGUGUGUCCUCCUCCUCCGCUGUCCCGGAGCUCGCGGGUCGCCAGCUGUCGUCGCGUCGCAGCCACCGCCGGUGCUUUGCUGUACGGUCCUCUUGUUGCAGGCAGGGAGCCUGUCCCAAGGAAACGCGCCCGGCAGGAUUCCCAAAACCGAAAGCGAGUCCCACGCCCCGGCUGGCAAGAGGGUCCUGCUGCAUCCGCUGCUGCAUGCCAAGGUCUCCUUCUGCGUCCCAGACUUCCAGCCUGGAGGAGGCAAGGGAAGGCAGGGGGCCCACGGAGCGCUAGGCACUUCCUUCCUAUGUUUGAAUGUGCUAGCCCGGUUGCUGAGAAGCCAAGAGUGUUCAUAUUCUGUUGAAAAGACGGUAGUGGUUCCAAGGCAUGUGUUCAACAAAUUGAGAAGAUGGAUGACAUUACUAUGACUCCAAGAAACAAGAUUGAAAGGCACCUUCGAAAGCAAAAUGAAGUGAAUAUUGUCUUUACAUUCUACAUGUGGAUAUUUCUCCAAGCAGAUUUGAAACUGUUCUUCACCAACCUGCAAAACUAGUUUCUGCUGCACUUCAGACAGGAUGAGUUAGCCAAGGAGGAGCUUCCUGUUCUGCCAAAAUAGCAACACCUGUCCUGUCUAAAGUGAUUUGAAGACUGCAUGCAAGCAUUCUGACGAAAUGAAAGAAGUUGUGCUCUGGUCACCUAAGGAGGUGGCAGAUUGGUUGCUGGAGAAUGCUAUGCCAGAAUACUGUGAACCAUUGCAACAUUACGCUGGGCACAAGUUGAUCAAUCUAACAAAGGAAGAUUUUGAGAAGCCCCCUUUGUCACGUGUGUCUUCAGACAAUGGCCAGCGGCUGCUGUACAUGAUAGAAACUUUAAAAAUGGAGGACCACAUUGAAGCACACAAAAACGGUCAUGCCAAUGGCUACUUGAUUGUCACUACGGAGAGCCCCAUCAGUGAAAAUGGCUUCAGCGACACAACCAAACUGAAUGGGAUGCCAAAUGGCUAUAGGAAGGAAAUGAUAAAAAUCCCUAUGCCAGAGCCAGAACGUUCCCAGUAUCCCAUGGAGUGGGGGAAGACUCUGCUGGCUUUCCUUUAUGCAAUUUGUUGUUUAAUCCUUACCACAGUGACAAUCUCAGUUGUCCACGAACGGGUGCCUCCCAAGGAGGUAGACCCACCCCUACCAGAUGCUUUUUUUGAACACUUUGACCGGGUGCAAUGGGCCUUUUCUAUAUGUGAAAUUAAUGGUUUGAUCCUUGUAGGACUCUGGUUCAUUCAGUGGCUGCUCUUAAAAUACAAGUCUAUUAUUAGUAGAAGAUUUUUUUGUAUAGUUGGCACACUGUACCUGUAUCGGUGUAUUACAAUGUAUGUAACUACACUUCCAGUACCUGGCAUGCAUUUCAACUGUUCUCCAAAGCUCCUUGGUGAUUGGGAAUCGCAUAUGAGGAGGAUAAUGAAGCUGCUUGCUGGAGGAGGUCUCUCGAUCACAGGAUCGCAUGAUAUGUGUGGUGACUAUCUGUACAGUGGUCACACGGUGAUGUUAACACUUACGUACUUAUUUAUCAAAGAGUAUUCACCUCGGCGACUCUGGUGGUAUCAUUGGAUUUGCUGGGCUCUCAGCAUAACUGGCAUGUUCUGUAUUCUCUUGGCUCAUGACCACUACACUGUGGAUGUGGUAGUGGCUUACUACAUCACUACAAGACUUUUCUGGUGGUAUCACACAAUGGCCAAUCAACAAGUGCUAAAAGAAGCUUCGCAGACUAAUCUUCUUGCACGGGUGUGGUGGUACAAGCCCUUCCAGUACUUUGAAAAGAACGUUCGAGGCAUUGUCCCCCACUCUUAUUAUUGGCCGUUUCCCUGGCCAGUGUUGCAUCUGAGUAGACAACCUAAAUACAGCAAACUGGUGAAUGACACAUAACAGCUACAAAAAGGAGAUGGCAGGAGAACUGUCUUAAAGUGCUAAGAACUCCCCAAGAGAAGAUGCCAUAAAAGCUGAACUGCUCCCUUCCCUUUUCCUUUUACCUUGACUUUAACCUAUUCUCUUACCUGGUAGGCACUGUGAUCUUUUUCUCUCUCCAAAGGAACUGCGAUGGACAACAAUAAAGAAAUCAUAAAUUAUCAUGCACUGUAUACAUCUCUUGUUAAUAGAUUUUGGAUUUGCAUUGCUCAUCACCAUGUUUCUUUGUAUAUGAUGCAGCGGCAUAAACAAAAACGGCUUUUAUAUCAUAAGUUCUGGUCUUUCCAGUUUAGUCUGGGAAUAAAGCGUAUUAUUUUCUUGGGAAAACAUAAUUUUCAUAUCUCUUGCCCCAAAGAUUGGGCUGUAAGCCAUUUUCUAGCAAAUGUCUAUAUGAAGGUUUCUAAUUACCUGACUAGGAUAAUAUACAGGAAUCUUUCUACCUGUUUCACCGAAGUUACAAAUGAUAGAUGCAGAAAGGUUUGGUAUUCUUUGAUUUUGUAAAUCUGCAGUGACAGUGUCAAAAAGUGCAAAAAACUAUUCUGUUGUAAAGUGAUUUUCUAAGUAUUUCCUAACUUUAUUUUUCAAAAUGAUAAGCAUAAAAAAUAAAAUCGAAAAAGAUUUUUACAUGUCAGAGAAAAGAGUUUAAAUAAAAAAAAUGCUUCUUGGCAGAGAGAUUUGUCUGUUUCUAGUGCCUUUCUUGUCUUGAUAGUAUGGUCAGUGGGCAGUCUUUACAAGUUUUUAUUUAAGAGAAAGUAUUCCAUGAAACCAAUAGUAUAUGUAUUGUACACAUUACUAAAUUUUGAUUUAUAUCUAAAUUAAAUUGGAAAUCUGCUUGCAAUGUUCAGAUGACUGAUUUGGAAGGAAAACCAAAUAUGAUGAUCAAGUCUUCACAUAUUGUAGGUAGGUUAGAGUAAAAUGUGCUUCUUAAAUUAUGUUAUUGUCUAUUCCAUACAUGGAUUUUAACUAUAGCAAGAAAACAGCCAUGAAUUCUUUUUUAUAAGAUUUUUUCCCAAAUUAUCAGCAGAUCAAAAAUCAAACUAUGAACAAUGUCUUCAUCCCUGAAUUUAAAAUAUUGUUGAAAAACAAUUGAUUUCUUUAAAACUGAAUUGUGCAGAAACUGCAUGUAACUAAAAUGUCAAUCCUGCCAUAAAUACUGUGUUUUGGGGGAAGUAUUCUAUCCUAUACUUGCCAAUGUGCAGAGCAAAAUAGUUUUUUAAGAAUGAAGAAGCAUAUAUAUAUCUAUAUCUAUAUCUAUAUAAAUAUAUAUAUCCAUUCUGUAUUUUAUGUGAAGCAGAGUUAUCUUCUGUAGGGUUUUUUUGUGUGUUCAACAAGGUGAAAUUUGUAUUGUAAAACAAUAAUGGUGAAGGAAAUAAAAAAGGCUUUUAAACAAA